AAGCUGGGUGGACCAAUCGGGUAAGGCUGUCUCUUCCUUUCCACGCGGUGGACGAGCUCGGCAGGCCUGUACCGCUCGUGCUGAACGAUGCCGGGGAAACUCCUUAGUGACGCAGACUUGGAAUCAGACGCGGCCAUGGGAAAAGUGGAGACACCGAGGAAACAAAAUGAGAAGAAAAGUAAAAAAGAGAAGCCAAAAUCUAAUAAGACUGAAGAGGCAGCAGAAGAAAAGGAAGAAGCCGUUUCCCCCAAAGCUAGAAAAGUUAAAAAGAAAGCAGAGCCUUCUGAGGUCGACAUGAAUUCUCCUAAAUCCAAAAAGGCAAAAAAGAUCGAGGAGCCAUCUCAGGAUGAAGUUAAAUCCAAAAAGGCAAAAAAGAUCGAGGAGCCAUCUCAAGAUGAAGUUAAAUCCAAAAAGUCUAAAAAGAUCGAGGAGCCAUCUCAAGAUGAUGUGAUUUCUCCUAAAAACAAAAGUGUAAAAAAAACAAAGGAGUCUGUGGAAAAGAAAGUUUCCUCUAAAACCAAAAAAGUAAAAAAAAGUGAGGAGCCUUCUGAAGAAGAAGUGGAUGCUCCUAAACCCAAGAAGAUAAAGAAAGAAAAGGAAAUGAAUGGAGAAAUUGGGGAGAAAAGCCCCAAACUAAAGAAUGGAUUCUCUCAUUCUGGACUUGACUCUAACUCCAAUGAAGCUGCCAGUGAAGAAAGUAACAGUGAGUUGGAGCAGGAAAUACCUGUGGAACAAAAAGAAGGCGCUUUCUCUAAUUUCCCCAUAUCUGAAGAAACUAUUAAACUUCUCAAAGCCCGUGGGGUGACCUUCCUGUUUCCUAUACAAGCAAAGACAUUUCACCAUGUGUAUAGUGGAAAAGACUUAAUUGCACAGGCGCGGACAGGAACUGGGAAGACUUUCUCCUUUGCCAUCCCUUUGAUUGAGAAGCUGCUGGCGGAACUGCAUGACCGGAAGAGAGGCCGUGCCCCUCAGGUACUGGUUCUUACACCCACAAGGGAACUGGCAAAUCAAGUAAGCAGAGACUUCAGCGACAUCACAAAAAAGUUGUCAGUGGCUUGUUUUUAUGGUGGAACUCCCUAUGGAGGUCAAAUUGAACGUAUGCGGAAUGGGAUUGACAUCCUGGUUGGGACACCAGGUCGAAUCAAAGACCACCUGCAGAAUGGCAAGCUAGAGCUCACCAAACUUAAGCAUGUUGUCCUGGAUGAAGUGGACCAGAUGCUGGAUAUGGGGUUUGCUGACCAAGUGGAAGAGAUUUUAAGUGUGGCAUACAAGAAAGAUUCAGAAGACAAUCCCCAGACACUGCUUUUUUCUGCAACUUGCCCUCAUUGGGUAUAUAAUGUUGCUAAGAAAUACAUGAAGCCUACAUAUGAACAGGUGGACCUGAUUGGUAAAAGGACUCAGAAAGCAGCAAUAACUGUGGAGCAUCUGGCUAUCAAGUGCCACUGGACUCAGAGAGCAGCAGUUAUUGGGGAUGUGAUCCGAGUGUACAGUGGAUUUCACGGGCGCACUAUCAUCUUCUGUGAAACCAAGAAAGAAGCCCAGGAGUUGUCUCAGAAUACGUCCAUGAAGCAGGAUGCCCAGUCAUUACACGGAGACAUCCCACAGAAGCAAAGGGAAAUCACCCUGAAAGGUUUUAGAAAUGGUGAUUUUGGAGUUAUGGUUGCAACCAACGUUGCUGCACGUGGAUUAGACAUCCCUGAGGUUGAUCUGGUUAUACAAUGUUCUCCACCAAAGGAUGUGGAAUCCUACAUUCAUCGUUCUGGGCGAACAGGUAGAGCUGGAAGGACUGGGAUUUGCAUCUGCUUUUAUCAGCACAAGGAAGAGUAUCAGUUAGCGCAAGUGGAGCAAAAAGCGGGAAUUAAAUUUAAACGAAUAGGUGUUCCUUCUGCAACAGAGAUAAUAAAAGCUUCCAGCAAAGAUGCCAUCAGGUUUUUGGAUUCUGUUCCUCCCACUGCUAUUAGUCACUUUAAGCAGUCAGCCGAGAAACUGAUAGAGGAGAAGGGAGCCGUGGAAGCCCUGGCGGCAGCUCUGGCCCAUAUUUCAGGUGCCACAUCUGUAGACCAGCGCUCCUUGAUCAACUCAGAGGCGGGCUUUGUGACCAUGGUCCUGAAGUGCUCAAUUGAAAUGCCAAACAUUAGUUAUGCUUGGAAAGAACUUAAAGAGCAACUGGGUGAGGAUAUUGAUUCCAAAGUGAAGGGAAUGGUCUUUCUCAAGGGAAAGGAGGGUGUUUGCUUUGAUGUCCGUACUGAAGCAGUCACAGGAAUACAGGAAAAAUGGCAUGAUUCCCGGCGCUGGCAACUCUCUGUGGCCACGGAGCAACCGGAGCUGGAAGGACCGCGGGAAGGAUUCCGAAGCUUCAGGGGACAGCGGGAAGGCAAUCGAGGCUUCCGGGGACAGCGGGACGGAAGCAGAAACUUCAGGGGACAGCGGGACGGAAAUAGAAACUUCAGGGGACAGCGAUCAGGCGGUGGCAACAGAAAUAACCGAUUCCAGAACAAAGGCCAGAAACGGAGUUUCAGUAAAGCGUUUGGUUAGUAAUUGAAGUAGACGAUUUAUAUGGCAAAACAGAACUGUGUUUGGCAACAUGGAACUGAACUUUUUUUUCCCAUGCAAAGUUAAAAGCACAUUGUGUUUCCUUCCUGACCACUUGCCCUGGCCCAUCUCUCCCAGAGAGAUAAGCUUCAUGUAAAUCACUUCAUCUGAUUGUCAUUUAUAACUUUAUUGCUACUUCUGUAUCAGGUUUUCCUUUUGAAAAGGUAUAUGAAUUCAUUGCAUUUUAUUCUAAUGCAUUUUUUAUAUAUUAUAAGAUAAAGUCAAGGAUGUAUCUGCCUAUACUUUUAAGUUGACCAGUCUUUAUACUUUAAAGCAGUGGUUCUCAACCUUCCUAAUGCCCCGAGCCUUUAAUACAGUUCCUCAUGUUGUGGUGACCCCCAAUUUCAUUGUUACAAAUUGAACAUAAUUAAAGCAUAGUGAUUAAUCACAAAAAUAAUCUGUAAUUAUAUAUGUGUUUUCCGAAGGUCUUAGGCACCCCCUGUGGAAGGGUCAUUCGACCCCCAAAGAGGUCGCGACCCACAGGUUGAGAACCGCUGCUUUAAGGUAUCUCUGAAUAGUGUUCUUCCCUAAGUACCUAUGCAGAAUGCAACAGUCUCUGAGAAGCGCUUUCUUCUGUAAUUGGCAUUCUUCAGCCACCUCCUAACGAUUCCUCCUGUGAUCCUGUAACACGUCUUCUGAGAAUUAACACUGAGCGAUGUUUUGAAGCAAGAUUUCAAACAGCUUGGAUGUAAUAGUGUUUAUGCCAGCCUGUGCUAUAGAUUUGGAGGAUAGUGAUACAUAUGAUAGGAGACAGUAUGUAGAUUAGCCAUCAUUUUGUGCACUUUGAUACAUUUUUAGCUUCUCAAUAUAGAGUGAUUUGUGCUUCAGUGAAUUCUUCAUAGAUUUUAUACAUCUAUAUAUCUCUAUAUAUAACAAAAUGUUUUUAAUAGAGAGCAAGUGUCUCUAAGGAAUUCUAAAUGUAUGAGAUGGCUCCAUAACUUUCUUCAUAAGUAAGGAGGUUGGAUAUAUGGGGCUUGGUGACAGUGUAUUACACUUCCUAUUUACCAAGAAGGAAUUAAGGGAAUAGGGGGCAGAGAUUUGCAUUGCUGAAAAAUCAAAACAAAGCCACUGAAAAUACUUUUCAUAUGCAAGAAGGAAACAUCUGUUAAGAGCAAAGAGAAGAGCAAGUGAAGAUAAAGUAUCUUUAAUUGGUAGAAACUUAAUGGGUCAUUAAUGUUUCUGGCAGUUAAUGUCUAAUGGGCAAACUGGAAUUUUUAGGUAGAAUGAUCUGGUUUAGUUUCUCAAAAAAGCCUAUUCCUAUAGCCACAGUAUAGGAAUCUUUAUUAAACUGCUACUCCAUUGGGAGGUUUUAAAGACAAGCUAUGUGAUUAUUUUAAGUUGUUGCUUUGAGGGAAUUUGAGAACUUGACAUAGCCUCUGGCCAGAUAGUUAACUGAGUUCUCAAAUAUUACUUCUCUGAGAAACCUGCAUGGUCCAGGAGCUUAAGAAUGGCAUUGUCUUCUCGCCUUCAUUCCUAGAAAAUCUGUACUGGGAAUCUCAGGGAAUAAACUAUGAUGGGAGAAGUUAAACUACAUGGCCUAUCUUGUUUUCAUUUAAUUAUUUUGAAUAACUGAACUCUUUCUAGGACUUGGUUUUUUUCACUUAGUAGUGUCUUUGUAUCUAACUGCCUUUUACUUGAUCACUUUGCAAUAAGGGGCUCAGAUAGCCAACUCACCCCUGAUUCUCCAGGCUAUGUCCUUUUUCUAUUUGGACUUCAGUUCUCUCUUUGAAUCCUGACCGGAUGUUUCUCAGUUCUCAGUUUUAUUUCUUGAUCCACUUGUCAGUGUUACCACUUUUCCUCCUGUUCCUCGUGGCUACCUGUCAAGCCACAGGAAUUUAGGGGAAGGUGUUUGGUGACAGAGAACUCAUGUGCCUUGUGGAUUAUAAUUAAUAAGAAAUAAAACAUUUCAUAGUUUAGAUAGAAACGGGUACUUUAUCAAGCAGAUUAAAAGUACUUGUCCUUUAUUAAAACCUUGAUGUGGAUUAGCCUAAAGAAAAAUAAUCAGACCUAAAUUAAGAAUAAGGGGAAAAUUAUUGGAUAUUUCACUUUACACAACUUAAUUUUAAGGAAAGCAUGGCUAUGGCUGUUUUAGUAAAUGAAACUAAAGUCUCUUCUGGAUCCUAGAAUUCAAACUAUAUUUAUAAAUGUAUAAUUCAGCUACUGCUCGGUUGAAAUGGGCUUUUGCGCUAGCCUGGGGAGUGUUACCACUUUUACUGUUUUCUACAGAGAAAAUAUUUUCCAAUUUAUGAACUCAAUGAACUUUUAAAAGCCAGCCCAUUUUUACAUUGGUGUUAUCUAUGCAGUGGUUUCUUUACAAUUGUACAUAAAAUGUUUUUAUUAUAAAAUUGCGUUAAUGUAUAAAAUAUUGCUUUAUGCCAUAAUAAAGGUAUUAGUACUUUUUA